UCCAAAUAUCAUUCGCACAACAACAGCUUGUAAAGCAAUAUCAAAUUCUUUCAGCUCUUCAACCAACCAAACCUAACAAAUACCAACAAUGAACGCCAUCAUGAAAAUCACAUUAGCCGCUGUCGCAGUGUUCGCUUCCGCCAUGAUGACCGCUUCUGCCAAACCUGCUGGACUCGUGCCCGCCGCCGCCAUCGCUCCAGUGGCCGUUGCCGCCCCGUACGCCAGCUCAUUCACUUCGCACAGCGUGGCCCACAGCGUGGCCACUCCGGUCGUGCCAGCUGCUCCGGUCGUAGCCGCCGCUCCAUACGCCGCAGCGCCCUACGUCGCGUCGCCUUACGCGGCAGCCCCAUACGUCGCCGCCGCCCCUUACGCAGCUUCCCCUUACGGUUACUACCCGUACGCGGCUCCGGCUUACCUGUAAAGGCCGUACCCGACGACGACCACCACCACCACCACCACCACCACAAACCAGCCGACACGAUCAUGACGACGACGCAAUGACGAGAUCACAGACAACGCCACUGAUUAUUUUCAUUCUCACAUAUUAUUAUUAUGUUUAGAUCAUAUAACUCAUAAAAAUAAAAACCUGUAAACACGUCACCGCCAUACGAAAAUAAUGCGUAUCGCGCGUGUAAACGUAAAACGUAACGUGAUAGUAUAAUAAUAUGUACAAGUGUAUAAUAAAACAUUAUGUAAAUUUAA